AUGUUUGUUUCACUCGUACGUUCAUUAUCACGUCAAAGAAUUCGAGUUCCAGUUUCUCGUUUUAGCACCUGCAAUGCUCUGCGCAAUAACGGUGAAAAAGACUAUAAGUCAGAUGCUCCUAAUUAUGAAAACAUUUUGACGGAAAGCCAUGAUAAAGUUGGAUUAAUCACAUUGAAUCGUCCAAAAGCUUUAAAUUCAUUAUCCAGUAACUUAUUUCAUGAAGUUAAUGAUGCUCUGAAAAAGUUCGAUAAUGAUUCAAGUAUUGGAGCUAUUGUUAUUACCGGAAAUGAACGCGUUUUUUCUGCCGGUGCUGAUAUCAAAGAAAUGCUUAAUCAAACGUUUGCUAACUCUUAUAAAACCAAUUUCCUUUUUCAUUGGGGUGAGAUUAAUAAUGUUAAGAAGCCAGUCAUUGCUGCUGUUAAUGGAUUCGCGCAGCUGGGUGGCGGAUGCGAAUUAGCUAUGAGUUGUGAUGUUAUAUAUGCAGGAGAGACCGCCAAAUUUGGGCAACCUGAGAUUAAACUUGGUCUUAUCCCCGGUGCUGGAGGUACUCAGAGACUAACAAGGGUAGUUGGAAAAUCUAAAGCGAUGGAAAUUGUGUUAUCUGGUCGAACAUUUACAGCUCAAGAAGCUGAACAAUGGGGGCUUGUAAGUAAAGUAUUUCCAGUGGGUGAAGUACUUGAAAAAGCCAUUGAACUUGGACAGGAAUUCGCUGGAUUUUCUCAACCAGUUGUUCAAGCUGCUAAAGAGUCGGUCAAUGCUGCAUAUGAAUUAUCAUUGAGAGAAGGGUGUCAUUUCGAAAGAAGAAUAUUCCAAGCUCUUUUUUCUCUGAAUGAUAGUAAGGAAGGAAUGGAUGCUUUUGCUAACAAACGAUUUGCCGAGCCCACAGGACUUAAUGUGCCCACCGCGGAACUUGCCGAUCGUUCACGUAUGAAUAAACAAACUCGAUGCUUAGAAAUUCCAAAGGCGCCCAUUGAGUUGAUCCGUUAUGUAAAUCGCCCAACGUUACUUGUAUAUUCUAAUCUGGUUUCUUAUGGGUCAUCAAGUGCUCAAAAUUUCCGUGGAAUCGUAAUUUCUGGCGGCAAUGGAAUUGGGAAACCCCGAAUAGGGUUCGAAAUUAAUAAUUUCAUUUCCAAAGACGAAAGGAUCAAGUCAAUUAGAAUCAACCCCACCUCCAACGUCGCCAUAUUGUCAUCAGCCAUGGGAAUUAAUAGAAAAAUAAAAUUUGAACACAUUUAUAUUAAUAUAAGUGAGAUAAAGGAUUUUCUUGGAAACGAACUCGCUUAUGAUCCUACAUCUCAUACAUAUCCCAGAGAACCUUACCCGAGGAGUUUUAUAGGGGGUCGGAAGAUCGAGUUCAAAAUAUUGGACAGUCACUUUCCUGCGCAUUGUAUCAAGCUUAUUAUCGAAAGGAACGCAAUUUAUACCGGUACUGCGCCGUCACAAAUUGCAGAAUUAGGAGGUUAUAAUGACUCCUUUAAUCUCUUCGUUCAAGAAGAACUUUUGGAUAAAGAUGUUAUAUU